CACAUCCGGGCCAAGUCCUGCUUGGCCCCCCCGGCAGGCUGACCCAGUGUCAAGGGCACACAGGCAGGCAGGGAGCCUCUGACUCCGCCUGUCGUGGCCCAGUGCCCACCUGCGUCCACUCUCAGCUCAGGUUUCUGCCUUCCAAACCGAGGGGUGCUGUGCUCCCAGACGGCUCACCCUCUGCCCCAUGGCAGGUCUGUCCUGGAUCACCAUCAAUCAGCCCUUCCCAAGUCUGCAUUUUCUGAAGAAGAUAUAGACCCACGUUCAUUGGAAGAACAGGCUGAAGAAAGCAGGCAGACUGCCUGUCACCAACUCACUGGCUCCUGCUCAGGGGACAAUGGCAUCUGUGCCUUCCGCUGGUUGUCUUUUGGCCAGAAAUCAGUAUUAUCGAAAGGCCAGUGUUUCUUCAGCCACCUCUUUAACUGGCCCUGAUUCUGUCAACUUUGUAGGUGAUGACAAAGCCCAGCUAGGAUUACCCGAAGUGGCAGAAUCCACCUGGUGGUUUAAAUCCUUUUUUCAAUCUGUACCUGUGCUUUCAAAUGUAAAGAGAGAAGACCAGUCUGCUUGUGGGGGGAAUGGACCAGGAAGCAGAAGCAAGGGACCUUUAGGAACAAAUAACCACUCUCUACUCCAAUAAGAGGAAUCACAGCUCCUUGGAGAAAUAGCUGAUUCUGGAACAGUAAACAGAUUCUGGGACAGUAAAGCAGUAAAAGACAAGCCCGGACCAUUUCGUGAUGCCCCUGAAGAUACAAAUGCCCCCAAAUGAUGGGGAUAUAUUAAAAUGACACGGGAAUAAAUUGGGCACAUCUGGGACUAUUUCAGCAAUAUUUUUCCAGUUUACCCUGACUGUGCAGACAACCUAGCUUACAAAGGAGCAUUUCUCAGCUGAUCAUCUUUGCCUUGUGGUUUGGAGGGCAGUGUUAUAACAGUUAACUACACUAUUCAAAGUAUUACUAUUGUUUGCAACUCUAUGUAAUAGCCACCCGCUGAGGCCCCGCAGGUGUGACCCCCGGACCCUUUGGCACCUGAGCUACUCCUGGUGAUCUUCUCCUUUAUAAGAUGAUGAAAACCUUUUGGAUAUCUCACUUAUAAGACAAGACCACCACAGACACACAGACGGCAAAAGUUCAGAUAUUUUCUUCAAUGUUGAGAGUAUUCCUGCCACCGGUGUCAGCUACAUGGAGAACAGUGGAAAAGCCUUUGAAAACACGUGACCUUCAAAUAUAGAGAUUCGUGUGAAAUAGCCUUUUCAUUACCCUUGUAAUUUUUCAAAUUUUUUAAGAAUCGAAAAUUGUGUGUUAAUUUUCAAAAAAGUUGUUAAACUCUCAUUACAUCUGUUAAUUGUUUUAUUAUGCCUGAAAACUGAAGCAUUCAUGCCUAACACAAUUGUUUUAAGAGCCCUGGAUUCAGAAGUGUAAAAAAAGAGUUGCAGAAAUUGUAUUUUUAUUCAUGAACCUUGGAAGUAGAAAACAAAUCCAUAAAUACAUUAUCUGUUAAAUACAUUACUGUACAUAAUUGGUUAUGUAGACUUUAAAAUUCAUGAUUGUAAAUUAUUUUCAACAACAUGGAAAACCAUAAUGAUAUCAAGUUGGAUGAAAAAAAGGAGGAUAAUCUGUAUAUGGAUGGCGUGAACUUUUUUGUAUUUAAAAGGUUUAUAUGCUUAAGAGUAGAUUGGAAGGAAAUAGAUCAAAAUGGUAACUGGUUAUUUUCAGAGAUGGGAGUUUGGGUGGUUUUCAUUUUCUUCUUUGUAUUUUUCUGUACCUUUUCAAAUUGACUAAUAUGAGCAUGUUUUUGUGUAUAAUUUGGAAUACGUAGAGGAGGGCUGGAAUGCACUUUUUGAAUGUGAAUAUUCCUGACAUCGGAUAGAAUAUUCCUACUUUCCUUCAUGUUUGGUAGAUAAUGCUAAAGGAGUUUCAGCUGAAGAUUUUCUGAUACUGCUUGCAGAUAUCUUUCAAAGUAAGAUGCCAGUCCUAGCAGUUAGGGAUGCUACGGUUCACUCAGAGGUAGACAUCAGUACCUGCUGGUGUGGCUGGUGAUACACUAAACACCCAAAGGGAGCACUGUCUUUCUGCCCAACCACAGGACCAGGCAGCCACGGCAGGGUGGCUUCCUCAGUGAUGUACACCGCACCAGCCUUCACCGGUCCCUCCAGAUGGGCUGUGUCCUCCUUCUAAGUCACGUUCCUCCGUCACUUUGCUGUCAGAAGGGAUUCAAACAUCCCUGUGGCCCAAUAGUACUUCAUUGCUGACACAUCACUGCUCUUCUAAUGGUCACUUGCCUUUGCACUUUUUAUGCAUUUGUGGAGGCUCAUUAAACCUUUGAGUUCUCCAUUUCAUUUGCCUUUACUCUAAAAGCAAAUUAGCAUGAUUGAAGACUGAAUUUCUCCAAAGUGAGAGAAAAAUACGGUGUAACAAAAUGGUAAAUUGUGGGGGGGUUUAUUUUUAAUUUGAGAUUAUUAGCAAAUUCCUUUUUUUGUAAUCACUUGGGAUAUGUGUGAACAGAUGGCUUGUUUAGUUUAUUGGAUAAAUUUCCACAAAUAAGCUAUCAAGUCGGUAUUUACUUUGUCUACUUAGAAAGAUACUGUUUGUUAAGUUACACUUUUGCCUUUGUGUUUGCAGUAUUUUUAAUGUGUUUAAUGCUACUGUUACUGAAAGUUAUUAUUGUUUAAGAUAGUUAAAUUUUACAUAAGGUUUUAAGUCCAACAUA